AUGUCGCGGCCGACCAGUGACCCCCCGUUCCUGAACCACGCCCACGAAACCCACCACUGCAACUCUCCCACGCGCGUGCAGAACAAGACUCCCCAGCAAGCUUUCAUGAUCGAUUCGACUUACCUCGCCACCCUGACCCUGCUCGCCUGCGCAUCCGCCCUCGUCCUCGCCGCAAUGCUCUACCCAGCCGCGCUGCUCCGCUGA